AUGCCGCGCGAGCUGAUCACGCUUCAAGCGGGGCAGUGUGGAAACCAAAUCGGAUCACAUUUCUGGGAGCACCUUUGCCGUGAGCAUGGAAUCUCCAGGGAUGGAACUCUAGAAGAGUUUGCGACUGAGGGUCAAGGUGGUGACCGUAAAGAUGUGUUUUUUUAUCAAGCUGAUGACGAGCACUACAUUCCAAGGGCCAUUCUGGUCGAUCUUGAGCCUAGGGUUAUCAACAGCAUCAUGAGUGGUCCGUACAAGGGACUAUACAAUCCGGAAAAUGUGUACCGCAAUGAAACAGGUGGGGGUGCCGGUAAUAAUUGGGCCCAAGGUUAUGCGGCGGGCGAGAAGGCUGCCGAUGAACUCAUAGAAAUGGUGGACCGAGAAGCAGAUGGGAGUGAGAGCUUAGAGGGCUUUUUUCUUCUGCAUUCCAUUGCAGGCGGAACAGGCUCAGGGCUUGGAUCGUUUCUGCUCGAGCGGCUAAACGAUGCAUUUCCUAAGAAACUAAUCCAAACUUACAGUGUAUUUCCUAAUUCAGAAGAGACAUCAGAUGUCGUUGUGCAACCCUAUAAUUCGGUGUUGACACUCAAACGGCUGGUCAACAAUGCCGACAGCGUCGUCGUCUUGGACAAUGCAGCUCUCAGCCGGAUUGCAAGUGACAGGCUUCAUUUGCAGAAUCCGAGCUAUAGUCAGACUAACCAACUUGUUAGCACGGUCAUGGGUGCUUCUACAACGACACUUCGGUACCCUGGCUAUAUGAACAACGAUCUCUGUGGCAUCUUGGCCUCUCUGAUUCCGUCUCCGCGCGCCCAUUUUCUCAUGACCUCAUAUACCCCCUUUACAUCUGACAAUGUGGAUCGGGGAAAAGCCACAAUGAAGACGACUGUCCUGGAUGUAAUGAGGCGUUUACUGCAACCCAAGAACCGCAUGGUCAGUUUUACUGGGGCAAGCAAGACCAGCUGCUACAUGUCUAUCUUAAAUAUCAUCCAGGGGGAUGUCGAUCCACGUGAUGUGCAUAAGAGCUUGCUUCGCAUCCGAGAGCGGCAUCUUGCGAGCUUUGUUCCCUGGGGUCCAGCAAGCAUUCAAGUGGCACUAUCAAGGCGCAGUCCUUACGUUGCUAGCUCGCAUCGCGUAAGUGGUUUGAUGCUUGCCAAUCAUACAGGUAUUGCAAGUAUGUUCAAGCGUACCGCAGACCAGUAUGAUCGUCUUCGAAAGCGCAAUGCCUUCUUGGAUAUGUACAAAAGGGAGGCCAUGUUUUCAAGCGACUUGUCUGAGUUCGAUGAGGCUCGCGAGACUGUAGCGGAGCUCAUGUCCGGUGAGUGA